GUCCUUGAAACAGUUGCUAGGUCGUUGCAUCCACAUUCGAAAGGAUCUAACGUUUAAACCGUGCUCGUUUUCGUGUCACAUCGUAAAAUAAGAUGCUGGGUGAUCGGGAACUAUCUAACGGAUGGACGAGCCUCUAGAAAUUGUUCUCAUGAAUCAUUCUUCAAAACCUGAUUACGUUCAAGCAACAUGUCUGUUGACUGUAUUUCUAGUCGUCUUAUAUUAUAAUAACUUAGAGAGAGAGGACUUUUGAACGCUUAACUUUUAAACUAACUAGCUAACGAAUUCGUUAACUAGUUGUUUAGAAAGCAACAUUUAGAUAUUGCCUUAAUUUUUUGUGUUCUGUAAAUUUCAGAAUUCACAAGAAGAUUAUUUUGAUUCCCAAUAGUCAAACAUGCGUUACGAAAAGGAAUAACCAGUGGGAUAUUUUUCAUGUCCAAUCUCGUUUUCAAUAAACAUUUUUUAAACGUGCGCUUCCUUUUUAACCCUUUGAUCAAGUAUUGAGAAAGCCUGUUUGAUUUUAAAUUCACUCGAAAUUAAGUACAUAUACCCAAUUAAUAAUACAUAACAUGUUCUUUCUUUUGUGAAUCUUUUCAAAUUACAAUAAGACUUGGCAACUAAAAUUAAAAUACAUAACGACCGAUGUUUUGGCAUCUGCUAACUACUCAUAAUGUUGUACAAUAUGACGUCUUUUCUUGUCAAUAAAUUCCUUUAAACAUAUAUCAUUUUUAACGUUGAUUGCAGUUGUCAUGUAGUGUGUUAUGGAAAUAACGGCGAACACAAGAGGCGUUUGGGGUUAUGCCAAAAGUGUGUUAAAAGUUGAAGCAAAAAUAGAUAAAUCAGCGCUUAUUGAAGCAAAAGUAGACAAUUCAGCUACAUUUAAAACACAGAGCGACACAAAGAGGAAAAUCAGUAUUAUUUCCCCCAGACAGGCGAAAAAUCACACAUUUUAGCGCGUCUUUCCAUUAUUUUUUGUUCGCCUUUAUUUCCCAUUUAUUGGUUGCUUGAGUUGUCUUUGAAUACAUACAUAGGUUUAUAUAUACACUUUCCUUUCGAUACUUUAUUGUUUGUAGAAAAUACACUGGUUCAUUGAUUAAAAAUACUUUUAGCCCCCUUAGUUUACGCUAGUUUUCCUGCAAUAGCUUUCAACUUUUAUUUUACUCCGGCUUUUUAGCAUUCACAUAGUAGUUCAAAAUAACAUGCAGCCUUUGUCUCUUCGAGAUUAUAUAGUAGAAUAAUUUACUGUCGUUUUUCGUGUUGUGAUAAACUAAACGCUCAUCCCUUAUCUACGCAUCAGUCAGUCAGCUACAACGUAGGACCAGGCACAUUUAUGCAUCGGUCCAAGUUGCCAUACCUCAUUAACACAACAAGAUGGACACCGGAUUCAUAAAAGUAGUUAAUUCAGAGGUGGUAAUAUGUAAAAGGAAGAUUGUAAUAAGGAUAUAGUACAGCGAGGAAGAAUUAAUUCGUAGAAAGAAAGAUAUGAAGUGAUUUUAAUCUCUUAGUUUAGGGGAAGAUAGAGAGUGUAUACACCGACGCCAUUGUGAUCGAUUCUGAGCCAUGUCACACAGAGUCUCCAACCAUUGGUUGCGACAGUCACGCAGACCCCAACCAAGUAGUCUGCAUCUACCAACAUGGCUCAGACUAGAAGUUAGUGACUUCAAGCACUGAUGCCACAUUUUGGUUUGGCCGCCCCUAACUUUCUUCCAACCAUCCCGAACGCCGGUUAGCAUUGCACGUCGUGGUAAUCGGUGUUCAGGCAUACGUAACACGUGGCUUGACCAUCUCAGUCGAUGAAGAUUAACAACCUCAUCGACUGAUUUACCAUCCUAUCUACGCAUACCUCAUACUUAGUUCAGUGAUGAAAGAUAUUUAUGUAUUCCUCAACCUAUAUAACAGUAAAAGUAGUAACGUAGUUCCUUUAAUAUCGAAAGAAAUGUGUAGAUCAAGUUUCAAUGCGUGCUUACAGAGUAAAAGGGUAGCUAGAGGUAAUCACUUUUAAAACCUUUACUUACUAGUUGAAAUGACGACUUUCGUACUGUAAUAAAGUUUAUUAGUAUGUAUUUGUUACUUAAAAUUGACGUUUUGAAUGGAUUCUUUAAUAGAGGAGUGAACCUUGGGUGCUUUAGAGGUCUUCCAUUGAAAGUUACCGAAAAUCUAAACGAGGUUCUGUUAAUGAUCACUAGUUUUAAUUACCAUUUUUGUUAGGACGUAGAUAGAAGUACUUUCAAAUCGUUAUUCUAAAGCUUGUGAUGUAACGUGGAAAACGUUGCUCAACUUCGUCCGCAAGCAUUAACACGUUGUUAAACAAUUAAGUGGAAACUAAUGACCAUUGGUAUCAAUUAUUGAAAUAAUUCAAAAAAUAUUCUUCACCUAAAUAUUUAUUUAACAGUAAAUUACGAACAAACUAUAUCUUUUUUAGUGUACAAACUGGUUUUACUGAAGUUUCAUUUCUUGAUAACAUCUGUUUAGCGAUUUUCAGAUACCUAGAGCAUAAAGCCGCACAAACGAUUGUCAAACUCGUGGCUGAUUUUGUUUGAAAGCCAACUUCGUUCUUUUCAACAAAGUCUCUCAAAACAUUCUUUAGUUCAUAAGAUGGAUACAAAAACAAUCCAUUCCGAUGAGUUAUGUGAUUCGUCAUCUAUUAAUGGGUUGGUAAUAGAUGCACCUAGAAAAUUAGGAUGUUCUCUUCAAAACAUCAAAAAUCUAGAAGAAGACUUGAUUGAUACUUUUAAUGAGUUUGAUUCAAAUGAGCAUGUAAAACUAAUAUGUUCAGGAAAAAAUCCUUCAACAGAGUCUUUGUAUCUUGAAGAACUGUUAAAGGCAUUAGAAAAAGCCGGCUUGAAGUACGAAGAUUAUUUAAAGACUAUGGAUGAUUUGAAAAACGACAAUGAACCUGGGGAAGAUAAUCAGACAGAUAUGGAAUUGGACGAAUAUAUUUUAGAAGCUACUUCCAAUCCCUCUAGGAAGUCAUGCAAUAAAGAUAUUCUGGACGUUCAUCAGAAUACACUUCCAGUACAACCAUGUAUUGUGUCAGGUAUAUAUAUGUGUAAUCUGUGUUUUUAGUGAGAAGACGUCCUUUCACUCACCACAGACCUAGCUAGAUAAUUAUCCUACUCAUGUGGCAUGUGUAUAGAACCGAGUAAGUUUGAUUUGUUGAUCCAGAGAAUCCUUGAAUGUAGACAAUAGUGAGAAAUCAAGAUUAAGCGUUAGCGCACGAGAUCGAGGGUCCUAGGUUCAGUUCCCACGUGCUUAUUUGUAGAUGUGCACUGCGGAGGGAUCCUACACUAGGACUCAAUGACCGCCCAGUGCUUUCACGUUUUCAAUGGUGAUCUAACGCCUAUCGGUCCAUGAUUUUGGUGAGACUCAACAAUCGCUACAACCCUACUUUGAGAAUAAUUAAUCAUUUUGAGGCUGAAAAGUAUUGGUGUGACUGAAUGUAUCUCAGUCUCAACUUUUACUAAUAACUUAAAUUGAAUUAAAUCUGAUAAUUAGUCUGUUAAAAACGAACUAAACUGUAAUAGAAAGUUUAAACUGACAUGAUGUUUAUUAUACUAGGUGGGGAACAGACAUAUUACAUUAUUUGUAUGUUUGAAGUGCCAGAAAAUCUCAUAGAACAUAUGUAAAGUAAGGUUUAUUUAUUUAGCCAUUGAAAUUUCCAAAAGUUAUCUUCGAUCACUCGAGAAAAUGUGGCAUUGUGUCAUUGGAUGUACACUUUAAUAUUCCAAGAACCAUCUCAAGAUAUGUGCUUCCAAAAUUUUGAAUUGAUGACGCGGUACGUGGCAUGAAUAAUAUUUGAGUGACUUACCCAGAGAAAGUAUUGCCUCAAAGCAAGUUUGUAAACUAACUAUGAGAAUGUUUAAAUAAAAACAGUGUUAUCGGUUUAAUUCUCACUAAACCUCAUGCCAACUUAUUUCACCCGUAGAAUACAGGAGAUGUUCAUCUAUCAAUCAAAGGACGAAUACAAUUUGACGCAAUUAUCCGUUUUGUUUUAAAGCUAUGAAACGUGGCCUUUAAAAAUACAAACAUUUGUGGGUCAGUAGUAUUUGGCCAUGGGUAUCUUCGAGACAUUGCUCGCGCAUGUUGGGACCUCAGAAUGAGCAAUACUGAGGUUAGGCACAGGGUUUUAAGUGUGGAUGACAAGUCGGCUGAGAGUCUUUAUCAGUUGAGGUGGUUGGGACAUGUAUUACGUACGGUCGACCAACGCUUAUCUUGAUGCGAGAUGAUGGGUUGUUCAAGAGUCGGCUGGAAGAAAGCUAGUGGUGGCCAAAUAAAAAUUUGGCACCAGUCUAUGAACUCACUGAUAACUGAACUGGGCCAAGUAGGUAGAUGCAGAUUAACGGUCGGAGACUUUGGUGACAUAGCUAAAAAUCGGUCACAAUGACUCAGAUGUAUACACUUUUUGUCUUCUCUUAGACCUCUAAUUUCAAGUUCAUUAUGCUUUUUUCUGAAAAUCCAGUGUUUCCUCUUGAAACAUAUUGUCUAUGUUAUCUUUUUUACAACUACUGAUAGUGUUGAUACUUCUAUGACAGAAGAGUUCAUUUUGAUAAUUUUUUCUCAUUGCAGUGAUAUGUCGUGGAAACCUCGAACGAUUUAUAUAUGGGUUAGGUCAUAUGUUACUUAUGACUGACAUGACCUAUUCCCUAGGUAAAUAAGCCCGAUUUGAGGGACGCUUAUUUGGUAACUGAUAUAUGACUCCAACAGAUGAAAUUUGAUUUUAACUACACCAACCGAAAAUGUGCUCAAAAUUCUAAUUAUCUUACUAAACAAGACUAAAUCGCAUAUUAUUUCAUCGGCUACUGGAUUCACCGUUUUAUAAAUUUUGUCUCGAGAACAAUGAAGAGUAUUAGUACUACGGAAGAAAUUUAAAAUCAAGUUGUUACAUGUGAUCUUUGAUGAAAACGAUCAUUAAAGUUAAACACGAAUUUGUGAACAAAACUUAGUCAACAUUUUAUAAACGAUGAAUAGAAGAACUAAAAUAAUUAGUUUUCAUCUUAAAAAUAUCAAAAUAAUAUUUUCUGAUUAAUACAAAAACUCAUGAACGGUGUCUUGAGUAUUAAUGCUAUUUUAUAUCCAAUAUGUAUAAAUGUUCAUCUACUUUGAUUUUGUGAAGUCAAUGAGUUUUUGAUGGUUCAAUGAAUUGUACUGUUAGGAAUUCAGGAGUUGUUAAGUUAUUUUGCGUGAUAGCUAAUGAGUUACAACUUGGAUGUCAUUGAAUCAGUUUCCAGUACUUAUGUGUUGACAGAAGUUCGUUAAUCUUUUAAGUGACCGUGACACAUAUCGGCUACCAUACUAUGUGAUAAUUGAUGAUGAUUAUCAAACACCUGCAGUUAAGCAUAUGAAAUCAAGACUUGAUGACCAAAGGGCUGAAUUUCCACCAUUUGGUCGUAAAUUUGAACCUAAUUCUGUAAACUUCAGUUUAGACAGCCCUGUAUUAUGUUUAUCCUCCUUCUUUAUUGAAACCCUCUUAAAAUGAUAAAUUAUUUAUGUUUUCGCUUCAUUCAGGUAACGGCAACACAUUUAUAGAUAAUAAAUCAAAAAUCGAAAUUAUGCACCAACGAUUGAGUAAAGAAAUCAUGAAGUAUGAAAAGACUGUAAGAUCAACCUAUCGUUGCAUAUUUUUUGUCCUAUUAAGUGUUUAAGUUAGUAAACUUUCUCUUGCGUUCUUUUACUAUUAGAAUAAUCCAUGGUGUAUAAUCUAGUUGUCAUCACACUUAACAUUAGGUUAAAGAUUUAGUUUCAUCCUUACACUUUAUCCAGCAAAAGCAUAAUAAUAAUAACAAUAAUGGUGUCAACAUCAGCCUACAGGAUACUUAAAUUCCCUAUUAUAAACUAGGCUUUCUGUUUAGUAGCUUGUUGCAUAUUUACCUCCUAUUUCGAAUCUAGAUACUAAAUAGCUGCAGGUAACCAGUGGAAACUCGUGGAUAUGGGUUUUGCGUCCACUCGAUAUACGUAAUCAAGAUGCAUGUAAUCCUCGAGGGCAUGGAUUACCAUAAUGACCAUCUAAUAUCAGUGUCAGAGUGCUAAUAAUAAACUACGAAGGUCACAAGUGAAUUCCUGUAGGACGGAGGUGUUCUCAUCAACUAGUAUCUGAGUAAAAGACAGUGUGAUAUUGUCUGUUUCUUGGUGCCUAUUUAAUCCCGUCGGGUUUGAAUCCCAUGGUGGAAGAUUGCGAAUACACUUUACGAAUGAGUGCUAAACAGCACGAACCUUGAGUUUGGCGCUUUUUGUCAGUGUCAUUUUACUAUCUAACACCAAACUAUGUCUACCGUGAUAUUGAGUCACAGCCUAGUUUUCUCCUUGUAACUCAACUAAUAAAAUCUAACCAACACUCAAUACAUUGGUUAGUUAACGCUCAGUGAUCGAUCAAUUCAUUUCAAACAUUAUAAAUGUUGACGUUAUUUGUGAAAAUUCUAUUUGAAAUAAUCUCAACGAUUGAAAUUUAAAUAGUUCCAACGCUUCGUCCGGCAAACUUGUCUGGACUUCUUCAGGGUAAUAAUAAAAAUCAAAAUUAUCAAACAAUAUUUAAUAAUUUUGAUUUAGAAAAGUCAAGAUUAGUUUGCUGGACGAAACAUUGGUGUUGGGGAGAUCCAGAAAGUUCCCCGGAAAAGACCGGGAAAAAGCUGGGAAACAUUGUGUCCAAUCAGCAUUGAAUAGAAGUUUCUCAGGAACGCUUAGAAAGUGAGGAGUCACAUGUCACAUUUCUGACUGAAUGAUUACCAAUCCUGCAACUAUGCUUAGUAGGGUUCCAGGACUUUCUAGAAGCCCAAGACUACCUGAAAUGCUAUAAAUACCUUAAAUUUUCUGUGCAUAAAACAAAUCUUGAAACUAGGCGUUUUUUCGAUAUUUCGCACCUUUUCUCUCGUGUUCAAGUUGUCGUGUACAUUUAGCCUGGGGUUACUAGAAGAGCUUAAGAAAUCGACUCAAGAGUUCAUUUAGAAGAUUUACCAGUUGGAAUUACUUAAACUUUAUUUGCUGAGACUAUUUCAAAUAUAAUUUUAACAAAUUAUGUCUUCUCCAUAUUCGGAGCCCUAUUUCUGUCAAACUAUUCGUCUCAAUAUAGACGAAUGUUUGUAUCAAUUAUCAAUUUUGUCAUCUAUUUCAACUGCGAUUUUCUUACCAAACACCAAGCAAAAUACAUUUCCUUUCAUCGUAUCCUUCAACUUAUCUUACAAGAAAGACUUCUAAGUAUUUGAAAACUGUGCCACAAAAAAAGAAUAGUUGGUAAAUACUUGUUUUGUAAUUGACAUGGUUUUUCUCUGUACGUUGGAAUUACUCACCAUUAUAAUUGUACUGUUUUGACUCGUUUGAUUAGAAAAUUAUUAGGUUUGACAAGUUUUUGAUGGAGUUUUGUUCUGUGAACUGAAUAGACUUCUAUCUGAAGUUUGUGCUGAUGAUGUCGUUCAGAAGAACGAUGAAAGCUCCACGACCAAACCAUCCAGCUCAGAGAACAAAACUCCAUCAAAAUCAUCCGCCUGAGCUACAAAUCUUCUCCACCAUCUCAAAAGUUUUGACAAGUAGAUGAUAUUGCAAUUAAAAUACACAAGUCAAUACUAUAUUUCAGGUCGUGAUGUUUGUAAGAGUGACAUAUUUUUCACAAAUAGUUUUUGUUUUUGACGGUAGAUAGAUUUUUAAAUGAAACUAUGUUUGUUUGAAUACACUGUUUGAGUGAUUUUUUUUAAAAAAAACUAAUCAGUACCAGUGGAUGAGAUAAAAAGAGACUAAAAGUUUCUCAUUUCAGUUUUACUCAAACUAUUCCGUUUUUCUUGUUAUACUUUUGUUGAUGAUGUUCAUUGGAGUAUAUCCUGUUUCUAUAUAUACCAAGUCAAAUGAAAUGAGAUGCUUAAAAAGUCAUAAACUAAAAAGAAUCUAACAAAAGAUGUUAAUGAGAAUGUUGUCAAAAUCUACGAAUAUAAGAACAAUUCAAACCUUGGAAAUAAUUUACUAAGCUAGAAGAAUCAAAAAGGAUUUUUGUGGAUAUUAUGGUAAUUUCAAUGGUUGAGAUCAUGAGUCAAUAGAAUGAAACGGUCGUCCACUGCUUCCAGGCUUUCCAGAGUGGUCUAGCUUCAAUUGACUCAUGAUCUCAACUACUAAAAUUAAUCUAGAAGUAUAUCCUUAGUAAGAGAAUUUUUUAAAUAAGACAAUUAGAAUCUAUUAGAAUUCAUUUUUCAUUUAUUUAUUUAUUUAUUUUCGAAACAAUUAUUUAUCACAUUUUACCUUUUUAAUACAGAAAUGGGAAAAUUAUAUUGAUACUUUAGAGAAUGCAAAACUAUGGAUAAACAAAACCAAUCUUCCUUUAAAUGAAAUUUGUCUUAGUUCAAAAGAAAAUGAUUUGAGCAAUCAACUCAAUGAUGACAAUCAAGUUGAUAAUUCAAUGGGUCUGGACAAGUUUCCUGAUUUGGAAUCUGAAGAAGCGUAUCUCAAUAUCUUUGUUGAAUAUUGAACAAAUAAACCUAACCGCAAGAUAUUUUAAUGAUGAAUAUAAAGUAAGACCUCAGUCUGCUGUUGAGCGACGUUCAAAUUCCGGAAAACUUUGUGAUAGAACUAAGUUACUUGAAAGAAAUCUCGGCUAUUAUUUUGGUUUACCUGAUGAAGCGAGAACAAGCUGUUGGGGAGAUGACAGUUGUUUACAGAAAAAAACUGAGACAGUUGUCACUAAUACAGAAAACUAUUCAAGGUGUAAAGUCGAAGAGUUUGGCAGACUAUCGGUUGUUGAAGUUUCUGCCAAUGCUGCCAACUUCACUGUCCCAACUAAACCGACCGAAGAUGAUAAGGUUUAUCGUCCUGGUACCUCAAGUUCUUUGAAACUCCAGCUAGCCUAUGGUGUUGGUGAGACGUGUCACUCACCGUCUUUGGAGUUAAGUGACUUAAAAGAGUUGGGUAUGGAGUCUGUGACUAAUCAAUGUCCUGCUGUGGCGAUUGGUUCGUCUACAUUUCAAAAUGUUUGUGAUGAAGUUGAUAGCAGGUCAGUUGUAGAAGUAUCUAAUAUUACUGGCAAUCACUAUGUUAAAACUGAGCAAACUGGUGAGAAAGCAGUUUGUUUUCUUGAUCCUUUGGCUGCAGCAGCAAUAGCGUUGUCUGAUGACAAUGAUUCAACCUAUGAAUUCACAUCUAUGACAUCUUGUGCUGCUCAAACAUUGCAUGAAAAUGCGAAAAAUGAUGUCAUUUCAAUACCGGAGAUUUCCUUAUCUGGAUCAGAAAACUGCAACAGCAACUUUUCGAGGUUGAACAAGUCUUUACAGAUUGAACAAAGUGAAGAAUCAACUCAAACAACUAAUCUAAUGGAAUAUAUUCAUAAACAAAUUAUUCAUUUAACAUCACGUAAUACCAAUCUUAAAACACAACCAUCUAUUGUUACGAAUGAAUUAAGCUGUCAAGCAGUCUGUCUCAACUUUUUCAAUGUUAAAUUUGGAAUAACAAAUUUCAGUAGUAUUUCAACAUACUUCACUUUUUUAAAGUUUCUAAUAAUAAAUGAAUGUGAUCUGAAAUCAAAUGAUCUUAAAGGUAUAACUCAACUAAAUAAUCUGGAACUUUUAGAUGCAAGUAGAAAUAAUCUUAAUGGUAUGAACCUAAAUGAAAUGAAUUUAUCCAAAUUAACUAUAUUGAAAUUAGCUCAUAAUAAAAUAACAAAACUUUCAGAUAUAAUGGGAUACUUUCCUAAUCUUUUAAUGUUAGAUAUUUCAUCGAAUUAUAUCACAAAUUUGGAUAUACAAAAUUUGGUCAUUUCAUUUCCUAAACUUUAUCAACUUACGGCAACAAGUAAUCUUAUCACAAAUAUACAAACAAAACCUUCAAAUACAAAAUGGACUAAUGAAAAUCUUAAUUUGUUAGAUUUAUCCGACAAUGAAUUAACUGUUAUUGAUGAAGACUUAACAUCUCUGUUAAAUAUCACUAGGUUACAAUUAUCUUCAAAUACUUUAAAUAAGCCAUUCCAAACUGGAUUUUAUGGCGCUACAUUACAAGAACUGGUCUUAGAUCAUAACAAUUUAACCUCAGUAAACUGGUUAAGUGAAAGUUGGUUACCAAAUCUCAUUUAUUUGAAUGUAAGCAAUAACAGGAUAAUUGAUUUACCUAUGCUGCCGUUUCCAUUAUUACAAAAGCUUAUAAUCAGUCAUAAUUUGAUAAAUGAAAUUGAGUCUCUCUUCAGAGGAACAAAAAUUUUACCACGUAAUUGUAUGUUAGAUAUCCGAUGUAAUCCUUGUACACUGCGUUUGAAUUUUAUGUAUGUUUUAAUUUUUUUCUACAAAAACAUUUAUACCAAACUAGUUUAGGAUUUUUAAUUCUAGCCUUGUAAGCAAAUUACAUGACACCUUCCUGACGUAAGAAAUGUCAACUGAUAACAUCUCACAAAAGUACCUUGAAAUAUUAGACCUAAUGGUAAGGGGGGGUCGAAAAAAAUCACUGCUAUUUUUUUUAAAGAGAAACC